CAUAUGAUGAUGUCACCAUGGGUAUAAGAGCAAAGGGCCCCGUGGCGCUCCCAUUCACAGCUUUUCCCAAAGCUCACCCAGGAUAUCUAAGGCCCCAGUGGAGACUGACAGGGACUGAGCACCAGCAGUAAUGGCUUAUCAGAGUGAGAUGGUGAUCAGCUCCCAGCCUCAGGUCACCAUCAACAACUACACCGUGGCCUCCUCUGGGUCCUCAGAUUGGAGCUCCAACGUUUGUGACUGCUGCGAUGACUGCGGCAUCUGUCUGUGUGCGAUCUUCGUGCCCUGUAUCCUGGGCUGUAAAGUUGCACAGGACAAUGGGGACAGUUGCUGUGUGCCUUUCCUCCCUGGAGCCUUGAUCGCCCUGAGGACAAGCAUCCGGAGCAAAUACCGCAUCUCUGGUUCCGUGUGUGAUGACUGGGUAGUCAUGACCUGCCUGCCUUUCUGCGGACUCUGUCAGAUGGCCAGGGAGCAGAAGAUGAGAGGCUGAUUGGUUAAAUGAGGGGAAUAGGUACAGGCUUAAUGACAAUCAUGCAUCCAGUCAUGGGGAAAAAAACAGUGUACCUUCUGACGUCACAGGUACGAUGUCACAGCCUGGUUGGAAUAUCCUAUGCUUUGAACACAACUUUGUUGAAGUAUUGCCUUGACUGUGGCCAGUCCAUCCUAUAUUUAUUAUGGGCUGUGCAAUACUCUUAUAAUAUCAUUAUACUACUAAAGAACCGUACCUUAAACUAUACAUUAUAGUUUACUACUAUGAGGUACUUUAUAUAGUGGUGUUUUUUUUAUCAUUAUCCAAUGGUGUGUAUUUGCUUGUCGGAAAAUGACCUGAUUGAGAUGUUUCAGAUUUCAAUAAAGCACAAUUUUCACAUUCAAAAUAAAGUUGUUCUCCACUUUUUUUCAUUUCCAUAGAGAUGGAGAGGAAAAUCCAGGGGUAGAAAAGUCAAGAAUGUGCUUUUCUACCAAAGCUUUUUUUGGCACAUUCUUGACUGGAGUCCCUGGGUUUUCUUCUCCCUCUCGAUGUAAAUAAAGAACAAUAAAUGGAGAGCAACUAUCAAUUGAAUGUGUCCCAUGACUUCGG